AUGUCAUCUUCUUUUGUGACUGUCAGAGGUCAAGCUAUCUCUUUGGAAUCUCAAACUGAGACAUUACUCUCUCGUUAUUCUACUUUUGCACAAACCACAAGUUCAGAGGCUACAGGACAGGAGAAAAAAUUGGACACACAAAUAGAAAAAACUUUGCAUAAGAGGCAAGAUGUCAUUGAAUCUUUAAACAAUUUGGUAAAUAAUGAUUCUAAAAAUAGUAUCUCAGCAUCAAAGUUAUCCCAAUUACAGCGUCAUAAAGAAAUAUUACAAGAUCAUUGGAAGAAUUUUCAAAAUAUAAGGUCAUCGAUUCAGCAAGAACGUAAUAGAUUGAAUCUUCUAUUUAGUGUCAAAAACGAUAUUGCACAACAUUCAAGUAAUAACUUGAACUUUGAAAAUGAGGAUGAUUAUAUUCAAAAUGAAUCGAGAAGAAUUGAUCAAUCAAAUAAUAUUGUUGAUAGGUUAAUAUCACAAGCUUGGGAAACCAGAGAUCAAUUCAAUUUACAAAGUAAUAUCCUUAACAGUGCCAAUAACAAAGCUUUUCAAACGUUGCAGAGAAUUCCAGGUAUCAAUAACCUUAUUGGUAGGAUCAAUACAAGAAGAAAGAAAAAUGCAGUUAUAUUGGCAUCUAUUACCACCUUAUGUAUAUUAUUUCUCUUUUUCACUUGGUAA